AGCAUAUUUUAUUUACUUCGCAACGUCGGCAACAAGUGCAUUUUAUCUUUUAUUGGCUUAAAAUGUAUAUUUAUAAGAUUCUGUUAACCCUUUUAAUGGGGAUAAUUGCGGUCCGCAGCUCCAACGUGGAACGCGUGGACGAUUCGGACCUGAUACACAUGUUAACCGGCGAAGGUGACGUGGUUGCAUUGUUUACAAAACUAGGAAACUGUGCCGAGUGCGUGGAAUAUGAAGAGAUUCUUGCCAAUGUCCAGGAGGAGCUUAAACAGACGCUGGGUGUCUCCGUUGUGCAGGCAUACGAUAGCAAUUUAAUACAUAUUUACGAUCCGAGUCGAGAGCCAGCAUUGUUGUAUUUCCGACGCGGAAUUCCAAUACUCUAUCACGGAGAUCUCAAUGCGGAGGAAAUUCUUCACUUUUUUAGUGACAACCGAGAGCCGGCAGUGAAGGAGCUGUCCGAUGAUAACUUCGAGCAUUUGACACAGGCAUCCACGGGAGCCACAACCGGAGAUUGGUUCAUUUUCUUCAAUUCCGCCGAAUGUGUGCUCUGUCAGCGUCUUUUUGCCGUCUGGGAAUCCGUUGCCGGCAAACUGAAACGCAAAAUAAACGUGGCGAGAGUCAAUGCAUUAGCAGCCGGAGUCUCUACGGCAAAGCGUUUUCACGUACAGGAGACUCCUGCCUUUAUCUUACUGCGUCAAGGCAAACUAUAUCGUUACACCGUAAAGGAUUAUACUGUAACAUCAUUUAUAGACUUUGCCGAGGGCGGUUAUUCAAAGAAUACGCAUCCGGAAAUUGUGCCUCCACUCUCCGGUUUAAUGGAUGAAAUAUCUGUGAAACAGAUUUUGGAAUACAUCAAUAGCUAUGGCAUACUGCCCUUGGCAUUUGUCGGUACUUUUACAUUCAUUAUCCUGAUUUUAAUACUCAGAUCUAUUUUAAAGUCAUCCCAAAAGUCACCUAAAACAAAAAAAAAUAAGUAAUUAAAGUUUGACCUUGGCAAAUCUUAAAGAGGAACAAAAUUGUAACUGUGAAUGUCUUAUGUUUUUUAAUAAAAAUGUUUAUAAAACUA